GUUCUUUGCUUGUGACCAGCAUAGUCCAAGUCUUUAUGCUGUUGUGAAAAGAACUUAAGAGGUUUUUUUGUUUUUCAGGAGAUGUUUGUAUGUUGAUGAUCUGUACUGCCCUACUGUUGCCAAUCACAAGUAACUCCCUGUUUGCUGUCAUGGUUGAGAAUAGUUGCGAUGACCUGUUCCUGCAAUCAUCUCAAGAUGAACUGGUGGACAAGCUGUUGUGCAGUGAGGACUCGGAAGUUGCUGGUGAAACUGGUUUCUCCCUGGCCAAAGCCUUGCUUCCCCUGGUGGAACCCUCCUCUCCUCCUCUUGUCCCCUGGGUCUGCUCCACCCGCUACAAGACAGAGCUGUGCACCAGCUAUGCAGCCACUGGUUCCUGUAAAUACGCUGAACGCUGCCAGUUUGCUCAUGGCCUCCAUGAGCUCCACGUGCCUUUCCGCCACCCCAAGUACAAGACUGAACUUUGCCGCAACUACCACACCACAGGCUACUGCUUCUACGGAGGCCGCUGCCUGUUUGUCCACAACCCCACUGAGUUGCGGCAGAUCCUACGCCACCGCAAGAACAUCCCCUGUCGCAGGUUCCUCGCCAAUGGAUUCUGUCCCUUUGGCAAACGCUGCAAUUUCCUGCAUGUUGAGGAUGGGGAGCUGGAGAGCCGCUCUUCAACUGCUGCAGCGCACCCUGGCUUGUCUAAUUGUACUGCCCAGAUCCAAACACAGCAUAAGGAGUUGAGGUCUCAAAGACCUGUGUGUCACACCUUCAAGUCUUUUGGUUUCUGCAUCUAUGGCACAAGCUGUCACUUUCAGCAUGGGCUCCCCAGCACAAUAAAGACCCCUGACCUAAACCAUGGAGGAUACCUGUCUUCCCAGCCAUCCCCAGGCACUGCAGAUUUACCUUCAACCUUAUCAAACUGUUCAACAUCCCCUUCAUCAGCCUCCCCUCUUCCAACCCCUUCCCCAGAGGCAAUGGUCCACAAUGCUUUCACCUUCUCCAGCCAGCACCUGAGUGACCUCCUGCUGCCCCUGGCCCUCCAUCUACAGCAACUGGAGAGUGCCAAGGGCCAGGAGAUCUGGGACAACAGGGCAGUCUGAUUUAAUCUAGUCCAAUUUGCAUGAGCAGUGGAAGCAUUUUUGUGUAUAUAUAUAUUUUUAUAUUUCCUUUUUAAAGGUGGCUGUCUGUGUACAUGUCCCUUAGUUUUUUUUUGUUUUUUUUUAACAGCAGUUGUUGGACUUGUUCAGCAGGUCAAAGAUGGAACUGUUUAGAGUUUCUCUGAACAGUUAGUCUUCCACCCGAGUGUAAUUUAACUUUUUAACUGUUGUGCACUACCAAUGAGCUGCAUUAAUGAACUGUUGUAAAUUAAAACACAUUUUUAAACAA